GCCGUGCGGGGCCAUGGAGCCGCAGGCACGGGGUCUGUUGGAAACCCAGGCUUUGAAUGAGGCAGAUGAAGACAUGGUCACUGAUGUUGAUUUCACCAAUAUGAUCUCUGAAGAAGAAAAAGAAGAGUUAAAAAUUGAGCUGGCCAAGCUAGAGGAUGAAAUUUCAACUUUGCGGCAAGUAUUAGCAGCCAAAGAAAAGCACCUGGUUGAAAUUAAACAAAAGCUUGGCAUAAGCCUGAUGAAUGAACUGAAGCAGAACUUUAGCAAAAGCUGGCAUGACAUGCAGACAACUUCUGCUUACAAGAAAACACACGAGACCCUGAGCCACGCAGGACAUAAAGCAACAGCAGCUAUCAGCAAUGUAGGAACUGCUAUCAGCAAGAAGUUCGGAGAUAUGAGUUACUCUAUUCGCCAUUCCAUAAGCAUGCCUGCAAUGAGGAAUUCUCCAACUUUCAAGUCAUUCGAAGAGAAGGUUGAGACCACUGUCACAAGCCUUAAGACCAAGGUUGGUGGGACAAGUCACACUGGGGGCAGUUUUGAAGAAGUUCUCAGCUCUACAGCCCACGCCAGCGCCCAGAGCUCUCUCGCUGGCACCCGGCUUCCUGAGAGCGAAGAAGAGCUCCAGUGCUAG